AUCACCUGUUUCAGCUGUGUGUGCAGUGGGUGGAGCCUUGUCCUCCACCUGCAGGUGUUCAGUCCUCCUGAUGGUUCCCAGCAUGCUCGGCUCCCGCGGUCGAGCGUACCUGAUGCUGUUCAUCCUGUCAGUGCUCUGCAGAGGUCCGAUCUAUAACAUCCGUCAGAAUGUGGAGACGGCGGCUCUGUCUCUGAGCUGUAAUCUGGACCUGCAGGUCCAACACAGCCGCUCACUGUGGAGGCACGCCAUCACACCCGUCAUGCUCAUCACACAGGAACUCAUGGACGAUAAACCUCAGUUUGAGUCGGAGGCCGUGAGCGUCAGCAGGAAGUUUCAGGACAUCAGAGACGAGGUCGUCCUUCAGUACGGCUACGACCGCUUCACACAUGCUAACAGCACGCAGGAGCAGUUCACUGCAAAGACCAUGAUGCAGUGCGACAGCGUGGUGGAUGAGGGCGUGCAGAGGUGUGUUGACUGGUUCGGCCUCAGGUGGGCGGAGUGUAUGGAGGCCGUCCCCGUCCCCGUCAUCAACCACGUCCUGUGUGUCUCCAUGAAGUUCCACUUCCUGUGUGAUGUCAUGAGAGUGAUGACUCCGUGGUGCCGGCAGCAGAUCCCCGUGGAGGGAAACUUCGGUCAGCUGUUCGAUCAGUUGAACCUUUCCGUCGACCUUCUGUCCAGAGAGUUCAGCACCGAGCUCGUCGUGCAGGAGCAGCAGCAGCAGGAGGUGCUGGGUGGAGCUCUGUUGGAUCAGGAGUUCACUCAGGCCGUCAGGAGGUCCUUCAACAAGCUGACGAGCACCAUGGACCAGCUGCUGGACGCCCUGCAGCUGCUGCUGUCCUUCACCUUCAUCACCAUCUUCACCCAGGCUUUUGGUUACCUCAGACAGUACCGCACAGAUGUUCGAUUCGACAACAUCUACAUCACCACCUACUUCAGACUGAUCGACACUCGCCGGAGGAGAGCGGGGAAACGUUGUCUGUUGCCCCUGGAACAGUCAGAGAAGAAGAAGUUGAUCGACCCCUGCAGUCUAAAGAUUCACCCUGAGGAGCUCAAACAAGUGACCUCAGGUGUGUUUCAGGUGCUGUCUGUCUCUCUGCUGUCUGUCGUCCUGCUAACCGUGGACUUCUCACUGUUCCACGUUUUGGACAUCGUCAGCAGACACACCUUCAUGCAGUUCAACCUGACCAGUAGCCACCAGGUGGACAUCAGAGUGGGCGGAGACUCCAUGAUGGCCCGCCUCCUGAGGAAGACGGUUUCAGCCUUCAACAGCUCGUCCAGCCUCGACAUCCAAACCGACAACCAAGUGUGCGUGUCUCCCCCCUCCUCCCUCUCUGUGGGUGUGUAUGUCAGCUGUGUGUGUUGCGUCCUCUUGGUGGUGCUCUUCAGCUGCCUGCAGGUUUACACCAACCGCCUCCGCCGGGCCAUCGCUGCCUUCUACCACCCCAAGAGGGAGAAGAAGAGAGUCUUGUUUCUCUACAAUCUGCAGAUCCAGAGUCAGACUUCCUUUUCUAACAGGAAACGCAUCAUCCAGCGUGGGCAGAGCAGCAGGACGGUGUGUGAGGCUCUGAGCAGGUGUGGCCGUCACCUCUGUCACCAUAAGCAACAGGAAGUGUCCGACUCAGAGGAGACACGCUACGACCCGGCUUAGACCCGGACAGGAAGUUCCUGCAGCUCGCUCAGAAGUUCAGAUGAAUCAGUGUGUGAGGAGAGAGCUGCUCAAUAAAGCUGACACCUGUCACACCUGUGCAUCUGUCACACCUGUGCAUC